AUGUUAGCCUUAGUCAAUACGAUAACAUCUUCAUUACGGGGAGGUGGUUGUGGAUCUUUUAAAAUGAAUCCAAGAACAUAUGGAAACUUACAGUCAGAUAUUUAAGAUAUAUAGAUUUUCAUUACCAAAUUUAAUUCUUUUGUUGAAAUAAUUUGUGCUAAAGCUGAUGUUGCUAUCAAUUCAAUAGAAUCUUAAGAAAUAAUGAUAGCCAUACAAUGGUUUAUUUUUUAAGAGGAAAACAUAUACAAACUCAAUCAGAAUCCCUAAAAUAUCAUGAAAUCAUACAACCUUAUUGUAGAGGGAAUCCGAAAAUUAUUGAAAAGUUGUUUGAUCUAUAUUAGAACAGACUCGUUUAAAUGUUUGCAUAUCUUAUAGAUUACAGCAUCACUAUCAAAAGUUAUAUUUAGUUUCCAUGUAAUGAAUAGUGAUAGAAUUAUGAAUUUUGAUUUAUAAAAGGAAUUUUUAGACAUUUCUGAUGAGUUAAAAUAAUAAAUAGAAUUAGAGAAGAAUGAUUUGAUUUAAAUUUAAAUAGAAGUUUAUCUUUUCUUAACGAAAACUUCUUUCGAAAUGGCUCCAAAUAAUAAUCACGAAAGGUAAGAUAUUGUAAAAGGAUUUGUAAGUGGUAUAUUUGAAUCGUUAAUACAAUUGAAACCGAAUGCUUAAUUACUUGAAUCCUUAUUUAUGGCAGCCUGCAAAAUUCACAACAUACAUACAAUUUAAAAAAAUAGAAAAUAAUAUGAGGUGUAUUUUUAAAUUGACAUGUUAUAAUGGGAAAUUAUAAGAUUUUUUAGAAAUGAAAAAUUAUUAAUUCUUAAAGAAAUACUUUUACAAAUUCAGGGAAUAUAUGAAAAUCUUGUGAAAAAUUCAAAAAACUGGAAAAAUCAUUUUUUGUGGAUUUAAAUGAUUGGGAAAAUCUUAAUUUAUAAUCCUCUUUUAACAAAACAAAGAUUAAAUUAGUUAAUGAACUCAAACGAUUUUGGAGCUAAUUUUGGGCAAAUGUGGAAGGAAUAUCAGAAAAAAGGAUUAAUUAUUUAAACAAACCAUUCAAAUGACUAAGCUGUUAUUUUACUUAGUUAACUUUAAAAUAAUAAACUGAUAUAACUAGAUAGAAAUAUGUUGGAAGAUAGUUUCAAAGGAUGGGAAGACUUUCUUAUAAUUAAACAAUAUUUAAUUGGUGAAUUAAAUGAAAAUACACCAUAUACAAUUCGUUCCUAUUUAAAAUCUAAAUUAGAUUUAUUUAGAAAAGAUUACUAAAAAAAUGAAAAAAUUUUAACUAUUGAGAAAAUGAAAAUGCUUUUAAGUUUCAUUAUUCCAACUAAAUUAAUUAAUUUAAUAAAAUAAAAUAAUGUAAAUUUGGGGGAGGUGAUUAAAGUUUAGAAAUAAUUUAGGAAAAAUGAGUGGGUAAACAAAAGACUAUUAUAAAGCACUGUUGAUUCUUAAUUAAAAAAGAUAAUUUGCAACUUAGAUGAAUAUUUGCAAAAUACAUAAAAAAUUCUUAAGAUUUUUAAUCUUAAUUAGAUAUACAAUAACUGUUCGGCUAAAUAAUUCUAAUAGCCAUUUGAAUUUAAUAUAUUAUUUUAACUUAAAUAUUUGAUGUAACUCUUAGAAGAAAUAUUAUUAUAAGCAAUUUAAGAAAUUAAAAAUAAAAUAAAUCAACUCUGCAAGCAAGAUGGCUUAAAUGAUGAAAUAAUAAUACUUUAGUAAUAGAAAGAGUCGAUUUAGGAGCAAUUAAAAAAUCUAAAUCUGAAAGAUAACCAGUUUUCAUUUGUUAACAAGUUAUACUAGUAACUUCUUGACUUGCUAAUUGCAACUCCUGACUAAAAGGGCUUUUUGAAAAAAGCUAAAAGCAUGUUAAAACUGAUUGAAGAUUCUAAGAAAUAAAUCUUAAGGCUAGAAGAAAUUUCACUUAAAAAAUGUAAAUUUAUUGAAAGUUUAUUGAAUCAUCUAUAUAUUGAAUAAGAUCAUAUGGUUGAUAAAAUUCAAAAAGAUGUUAAAAAAUCUAUUUUAAGUUUUAAGGCAAUUUUAAUUUCAUAGUAUGAAAUAUAGUCUGUUUAAGAAUUUGGAGAAAUUUAAUAAUAAAUUUCUAAUAUUUUAUCAUUUGAAUUUGUAUAUAAGUUAAGAUUGAAGAAUUUAAAGCUCAAAUUAAUGCUAACUGCUAUGAAGGAGUCCUUUUAAAAUAUAUUUCUAGCCUAAUUAGAAGAAUUUUAAUAGUUAUAACAAGUUAUCAAUUUGGAUGAAUUUCUCCUCAAUGUAAUUAUAAAUUAUCCCCAAAAAUUCUAUUGUUGUAAUUCAGGACUAUAAAAAAGAGAUUUAAAGAAAAAUUACAAAUAUUUUUCUUAAUUGCCUCAAAGAACAUAUUAAUAAAUUUGA